AUUUUAAUUAAUAGCUAUAGAAUAAUAAUUAUUUAAUUAAUAAAUAUAUAAUGCAUAACCCUUCAUAAAAAUAGAAACAUUAGGCAUCUUUAGAACAAUUGCUUUCUAUACUAAAAGAAUCUCCUUUCAAAUACAAUAUUAAAUCCUAAGUGUAAAGAUAUUUCGAAAAAUAAAUCUAUGAAGAAAAUAGAUCAAUCGAAUGCUCUAUAAGACCCCAAAACGAAGAAGAAAAAAAUUAACUCAAAUAAUAUGAAAAAUAAAUUAAAUAAAUAUAUUUAUCAGACAAAGAAAAAUUCAUAUAAUUAUAAGAUUUUUCGUUUAAUUAAUCUCUUAAUGAAUCUCAUUUAUUUCCUUCUUAUUAAAAAAUAAAUGAUCUCAAAAAAAAUGAAGAAACAGAACUUAAACACAAAAACGGAGAAAUAUUAUUAUUAGAUGUAUGGGCAACAUGGUGUGGUCCUUGUUAAUAACCUAUGUAACAUAAUCAAGAAAUGCUAGAAAAAUAUGAAAAUUAAUGGAAAGAUAAUGUUAGAAUAGUUGGUGUGAGUGUAGAUGAUAAUAGAGAUGUAGUUCUUAAAAGAAUCGAUGAUAAAAAAUGGGAUAAAAUAGAACAUUUAAAGUUAAAUGGAUGGGAUGGAGAACAUCCUCUAUUAAAAGAUUUUUAAGUUAAUGGAAUUCCUUUUGUUUGCUUGGUAGGAAAAGAUGGAUAAAUUAUUUUUAAAGGACAUCCUUCUUCUAUUAAUUUAGAAGAUAAAAUCAAUUCUUUAUUAAAACAAGGAGAAUAAUAAGGAAAUUAAUAAUAAGAAAAUAAAUCUGAUGUUAUUGAUUUUAUAAAAUCAAUAAAUGAAGAUAUUAAAUACUUAACUAAUAUAUUUUUAUAAAUGCUUUUUAAUAACAAAGGAGAAUUCUAAAGAAAAUUCUAUGAAAAACCUCAAAUAAUAUACAGUAUUUUAAAAAAAGAUAAAUAACUAAUAGAAGAGAAUUUAUUAAAUAAACUUGUUGAAAAAAUAAAUAAAGAUAUAUUUGAAAUAAAAGAAGAUUUAAUAGAAACUUUAGAUAUUGAAUAAGGGGAAUAAUGCAAUUAUUGCCAAAAAAAACUCGAAAUUCCAUACUUUUAUAAUCAUUUUAAGAAAGAAUAUGUAUGUUAUUAGUGUGGAAAUGAAAAAGAUGAAAGUAAAUAAUUCAUUGAAUAAUUUAAAGUCCCUUAUAAUUUGAUUUUAAUAAAUACUCAUAAUCCUCUUUUAUUAAAAAAUAUCGAAGUUUAUAAAUUAGGUAAGAAUAUUUAGCCAGUAAUAGGUUAAGAUUAUUCUAAAGAAGUACAUGGAUAUGGUUGUAAUGGAGAUUGUUAAGUAAAUGAUAGAAAAACAAGAUUUAUUUGCUUAAAUUGUAGACCUGGACCUUAUAAAUCUGAUGGGUAUAUUGAUUAUUGUGAAAGUUGUGUUAAUAGACUUAUUAUUGAAAAGAAAUAAGAAUCUAUUUAAAGAGCUUUAGAAAGAGAUAAACAUAGUCCAGAACAUUUAUUAUUUAAGUUUUUAACUCCUUUUAAUAAAGGAUAUAAUAAAUAUUGA